AUGAUAUUCUUUACCUGCAGAAACAACAACGUCACAGUAAACAAGUGCCCCAAUUACAUAGACUGUGCCAGAAAGGGGCGGCACUUUUGCAAGCCUGGCUCCUCCCACUGUGGCCCCUGCCUCUCCCCAUUGGAGAAAGAUAAAGCGGGACAUUGUGUUGCUCCCAGGACACACUUUCUCCAGCACCACCACCAAGCCUCUCAUCCUGACGUCGAUGAAGAAAUCGACUAUCUGUCCUCCGUCAUUUCCAAGCAGCAAAUGUCAGAAAUCAAACAGCCAGACUCUCGCUCACAGUCUCCUCUGCAAUCCCAGUCAGAAUCGAAGCAGAAGAGUCUGCACAAACCCCCGACUGUAGAACCAACGACCAGUGGCCCAUCCACACCAACACACCAGACCCCUAAAUCGGUCACAAACUCGUCCGACCGCCACGGGCCGAUCAUCUCCCCUCACUCCUCCAGAGACAGCCUGCUAGUCUUGAUGAUCUCUUUAUGCAUUAUUGUGGGGUCCAUGGCGCUCAUCAUCGCUGCUGUCUGCUGGGUCAGGCUACAGAGAGAAACUCAUCUGACUGAGAAAGUUGAUUACCCUGCGUUUCAUGCUGCUGGUCCCAGUCAUAAUCAUACUUCAUCUGGGGAUAAAACCCUGGCUCACAGUGCUCAGAUGUAUCAUUACCAGCAUCAGAAACAACAGAUGCUCUCAAUGGAGAAACAUAAAGCAGAACCUAAAGUCUCGGAGUCUGGGGCCACAUCAGAUGAGGAGAAUGAAGUGGGAGAUUUCACUGUGUACGAGUGCCCUGGACUGGCACCGACUGGAGAGAUGGAGGUGAAAAACCCACUGUUUGACGACUCCGCCUUACACUCCCAGAAAAAUCACAAGUGACCUGGACACACACACACCUGCAUACUUUUAGAAUAGGUCUAACACACCUAAAAGCAUUCCUCCAUAG